AGUUUGUUGCUGUGGGGAAGAUUGAACUGACGCGCCUGAAAGUGCAUUUAAGUGCUGAAGAUCGUACAAUCUGUCGCGCUGCUCUAUUAAUAUAUACGCCCAUUACAAGCGACUUAUAAGCUGAAACUACAACUGCAAUGCAUAAUUAUUGUAUGUGUGCAUAAUUAAUUGCCACGUCUAUUUGAAAUGGAGUGUCAGAAGAGGGAGACGGUGCACGAGUAUAACAAUGUCGACAAAGAUAAGUUUAUUAGGGAGAUUUAUCCUUUGAGAAAGCCAGCUUUGUUAAAAGGGAUUGAUUUGGGAUCAUGUACAGAAAAGUGGACUGUUGAUUAUCUGGCUAAUAAUGGAACUGACUGCAGUGUGAAAAUCCAUGUUUGUAGCAUACCACAACUGGACUUUAUUAACAAGAACUUCUUAUACAGAUCCUUACCAUUUUCUGUUUUUGUAAGGAGAGCAGCAGAGGAUAAACAUAUGGAAUAUUUUAUUUCUGAGGAUGAAAAAUAUUAUCUACGGUCCCUGGGCUCUGACCCAAGAAAGGAUAUUGCAGACAUAAAGAUUCAAUUUCCAAAACUGGCAGAGGAUUUCAAACUGCCUGAAUUCUUUCAGACUGACCAGAUCUUCUCUAGUGUCUUCCGUAUCAGUUCUUGUAGUCUACAGUUGUGGACUCACUAUGAUGUGAUGGACAAUUUAUUGGUCCAAGUGACAGGGAGGAAGAAAGUUGUGCUAUUCAGCCCUCAAGAUGCAGCUUACUUGUACCUCUCAGGUGAUAAAUCUGAAGUUUUGGAUAUUGAUAGCCCUGACCUGAAGAAAUAUCCUGAAUUUAUUAAAGCUAAACGUUACGAAUGUUACCUCAAUCCUGGAGACGUACUUUUUAUUCCAGCUUUGUGGUUUCAUAAUACAGUAGCGGAGGAGUUUGGAGUGGGGGUGAAUGUCUUUUGGAGACACCUACCUUCUGAAUUUUAUGAUAAAACGGACACCUAUGGAAAUAAAGAUCCACUGCCUGCUGCCAGAGCUAUGCAAAUUUUGGACAGAGCCCUGAAAGCUGUAGAUGAACUGCCAGAAGAAUACCAAGACUUUUAUGCAAGAAGGAUGGUCCUAAGAAUUCAAAAUAAAUUCUACAGGACCUGUCUGAAUUGAGUGUAACCUAUGUUUUUAAUGCUGCAGGUGGACUGAUAUUUUAAAUGUAUACGUAACGUUGUGAAAUGCACAUAAUUAUAAACACGGUUAACUAAUGUAAAGGUAUUUUUUUCUUUAAACCCUUAUUAGGUUAAUUGAGAGUUAUAUGAUUCAUUUCAAGUGUGUGCUUGAGUGGGGGAGUAUUUGCACAUGCUACCAAGCUGCUGCAGAUGAUUCAUAAUGCAGCCGCAUAUCUUGUAUUCAGUCAGCCAAGACAGGUGUGUGUCUCCCCUAUUUUCAGGUUGCUACACCCUGUAGCAGCACACAUUAAGAGCAUAUCCUUGGUGCUUGCAUUCAUAGUCGUCAAUGAGUCAGCACCUAUGUAUUUGAAGACACUCAUGAUUGCCCACUCAAUCCUGCUAAUGAAUAGCAUCUGGUGAAAUUGUACAACCUCAACGCGUACCUUAUCAAGAAUAGAAUGUUUAUUUUAAUAGUUGUUUAACUCCUGAAAAAACUGCCUUUUUCUAGUAUUUUACUUGGAAAAAGGCCGGUUAGAAAUAUGGUGGAAGCUGUCAAAUACAGAGGAGUCUAGAUUAGAUUAUUUUUCUUAAGCAGAGGUUUAACCACUGCAGUCUUUACAGAAACAGGAGAAGACCCCCAUAUCUAAUGUGGAGUUAACUAUGUCAAGUACAGUAUAAAUUAGCACAUUGGAGACUUCUUUGAAAAAGCCUGUUGGAACUGGGUCAAGGACACAAUUUCAAGCUUUUAGCUGAGAAAUUAUUCUAUGGAUUUCAGGUAAGCCUGUUUCAGGGAAGGAAUUAAGUUUACUCAAAAACGUUUCCUGAGGUUCAUCAAGAUUAAUUUUGGAGAUAUGUAUUAUAUAAUAUUUAAGUUACACAAAACGGCCAGAAUAAAUCAAGGAAUACUAAGAAACGCAGAAUUCAGGUAAAAGGUUAAACUCUGUACACAAAGUACUUGGCUAGAUAAUGUUCAAAUUAAUUAUACUGGCAUCUUAUUAGAGCACUGAAUGGGACCAGUGCUCAAUUUUUGUUUCUCUUGUUUGUCCCACUGCACAAACAAAUCCAUCCAUUAUCCAACUCGCUAUAUCCUAACUACAGGCAGGAACAAACCCCGGGCAGGGCGCCAGCCCACUGCAAGGCACACGCACGCACACUAGGGACAAUUUAGGAUCGCCAAUGCACCUAACCUGCAUGUCUUUGGAUGGAAACCGGAGCACCCAGAGGAAACCCACGCAGACACUGGGAGAACAUGCAAACUCCACGCAGGGAGGACCUGGGAAGUGAACCCAGGUCUCCUUACUGCGAGGCAGCAGCACUACCACUGCGCCACCGUGCCGUCCGCACAAACAAAUGAACUUGGAAAAGGGAAAACUAUCUGCAAAAGGAAGGAAAGAACAAUCAUGGAAAUCAGUUUAAAUUCAAAGGUAUAGUUUCGAUAUUAAUGAUUAUAUUUGCAAAACUAAGGGUGAGACAAUGGUAAGCGUGAGUUCAGUGUCCUAGGUUUACAUACUGUUCACAAUCAUUGUCCAUGUUGAGUUUGCUUGUUUGUCCAGCAUUAUGUGUGAAAAUUAUCAGGAGAAAUUAGAAUUUUUCUCAUAUCAAAACUACAGAAUGAUUAUUGUGGAGUUUUAUGUGCAUAAAAAUGUGAUGCAUAAAUAAUGAUUUUUUUAAAAGGCUCAUUAUUGUCAUAUGUACACAGUACAGUGAAAUUCUUACUUGCAUGUACAAAUCAACAUGCAAAACAUUGUCACUCUCUAACACCAUGUUCACUGAGUAUACAGUAACUACCUUAUCUCAAAAAGCGUAUCUUUCUUACCUGAAAAAUAUUGGUGAUAUAUAAAUUUAUAAAGUAUAAAUAAUGUAAUGCAUAAAAAUAAUUCAUCCUUUAUCCCACUUUAUCAUGACAGGUAGCUCAUGCCUUUCUUGGCACUACUAGGUGCAAAGCAGGAACCGACCUUGGACAGGAUACCAAUCUGCAUGGCACACGUAUGCACAUACCCACUUUGAGCCUCUUUAAAGUCAUCAGAUAACCUAAAACGCGUGUCUUUGGAAAGUUGAGGAAUAAAUCUCCUGAGACACAGGUAGAGCCCUUCACCUGGAAUUUGAACCCAGGACUCUAAAGGUAUGAGGCAGUAUCAUAUAACUACUGCAUCACCAAGCCACAUGCAAAAUGAAGUCAACAAGAAAAGCAAAUUAUAAAUAAACAAAACUUUUCAAACUGCUUUUCUGUUUUAUAAAUGAAAACUAGUGCUUUUUAAUACUUCACUACAAUAUUCCUCCAUAUGUUUUUGAAAAUUCUUGUUUGCAUUCAAUUGCAAGGUCAUAAAUAUUCUUGUACAUUUUAAUACAUUGAUUGUCUACUCUCACAGAUGUAAGUUUGUCAUAGAAACCACUUAGAUCACAGGAUAGGGUCAAUAAGCUGUACUGUAUUCAUGCCUCUUUAUUUACCAUAAACUAUUACAUUCAAACAGUUAUCCAGCCAUAUGUAAAUUUUCUAAAAAAAUGUUUAUCCAACUCAGGGUUUUGGGGUGCCAGAGUCCAUUCUGAUAUCAUCAAGCCCAAGUAAGAACUAUACAUGGAUUUAUCACAGUGUACACUCGACUCACGUAGGGACAAUUUAGAUUCAACAGGUAACUUUAUCUUCGUUAAAAGUGGAUGCUUCAACAUGCAGUAUUCUGUUCGAUAGCAUUGACACCAUCUAUAUUUUGAAAAUAUUCUGUAGGUUAGUUAUAUUAGUGAUUUAAGGAGGAGAAGGGUAGAUUAGAUUGGUGUCCUAGCUCUCUCUAUGUCCUUAGACAUUACUAUUGACAUGCACAUGUUUCAUCAUCAGUACAGUCUAGUCUUACUUAUCCUUUUACCAAUUUAUGUUUUUUGCAAGAUUUUGGUUUCAAAUGUUUGUUCUACUUAUUUAGUUAAUUGCAGGGUAGUAUGGUGGCUUUGUUCAGUGCUUCACAACUCCAGAACUAUGGAUUCAAAUGUUUCUUCUUUUUAUUUAUUCAAACACAUACCACUACAGCAAAAUACAAAAAACAAUCCAAAAUAAUUCCACUUUCAAUCCCCUGUUCUGAUAACUGUGUAUGCAGAGUUUGCGUUUUUCUCCUGAAUAAUCUCAGGUUGCUCUGGUUUCCUCCAACAUCCCAAACACAUGAAGCUGAAGCUAAAGUUGUCUAGUGACCCUCAAUUGGUCCCCUGUCAGUAAAUGUGCAAAUGUGGGUGACUGGCAACCAAUCUACUGUUUGCAAUAUUUAUGGUUACACAUGGAUUUUCUUGGGGGACUCUGGUUUUCUCUUAUAUCCCAAUGGUUGAACAUUAGGUGGUUUUCCCGUAUGAAUUGAGUGUAAAUAUUUAAGCAGUGGCAUGGUAACCAUUUGGAGAGGUCAGAAAAUCCAGUUGGUCCACAAGCCUGAGCCCCUCUACGCACUUUCCUUUUUUUUGCAAAAAUUCCCACCAUUUCACAUUUACCCAUCCAUGCAGCAAGCGUGUGUGAUCACGAUUGCAAUUGGCGAUUUGAAAGCAUACAGUUCCAAAUUGUUACACCAAUGACAGCUCCUGUUACAAGUUCUAAUAGCAGCUGUCAUUGCAACUGGGUAGCGAACUGAUCAGCAAUACAUUGUGAUAUAAUGCAAAAAUUCAGUUAGAAUCUCAGACACAGGCAUAAUACAGAAUAUAAAAAAGUGAACUUUCUCUCUUGCAUUGGAGCCAGUCUUCUGCAAAAUUGUAUGUUUUUGUAUUUGUUAUUUAACACAUGAAAAAGUGUUAUGGGGAGUGCACUGCUUUCGUGGAACAUAAUAGUAGUUCUGUAAGGCAGCAAUUAAAGUACUGAACAAGGUGGGUGCUUGUGUAUUGUUGAUGGAAGGCAGCAAAGCUCAGAACAAGGUGGACCUAUGGGUGAGUUUCUAUGUAUAUAGAGCUUGUAGUAAAUGAAACUAUAAGCAAGUUACAAUAAACUGUUUUUGUGUAUUUGCAUCAGUCAGGACUGUAUUAAGUAUGUAUUAUUUUUUGUUUUAAUUGAAGUGAAUUAUUUACUGAUAUUGUAAUUACAUUGGUUUGUCAGCAGUGCCUUAAACAUAAUAUGUAAAAUGCUGAGCAUAUAGUGAACAAUAAAAUGAGAACAUGAUUAACAUGGGUUUUUUAGUUUUUGUGUGAUGUUGCAGUAAAUUUUUAUAGCAUUUGUAUAAAUUGUAAGUCAUACCAUGUGAAAUAUAGAAAAUAAUAAAAUGACCUGACUUAAUAAGUCAA